UGCGCGGAGCGGCCCUGCGUGCAGUGAGGCUGUGGCGAGGGAAGGCACCGGUGGGGCCGACGGGCGGGUUGAAGGAGGGAAGCGGGUGAGCGAAGUCCCAGUGCGCGCCGCGGCGGCCGGGGUACCCUCCCCUUCCGGGCGUGAGGUGCUGUGAGAAGAGCCGAGUCGAGCGAACUCGCACCGGCAGCGAGGCGCCGCUACCGCCGCCCCAGCCCGGCCUCCCUCGGCGCUCCCGUCGUGGGGGCCCGGCUUCCUCAGCACACCCAGCUCCAGCAGCCCCCAGAGCUUGUCCCCAGCUCUUCGGAAGCCCCGGCGUCAGCCCGGGCCCUUGGCGGGGAGGAUGACGGAGCUGCAGUCGGCGCUGCUACUGCGAAGACAGCUGGCAGAACUCAACAAAAAUCCAGUGGAAGGCUUUUCAGCAGGUUUAAUAGAUGACAAUGAUCUCUACCGAUGGGAAGUCCUUAUUAUAGGUCCUCCAGAUACACUUUAUGAAGGUGGCGUUUUUAAGGCUCAUCUCACUUUUCCAAAAGAUUAUCCCCUACGGCCUCCUAAAAUGAAAUUUAUUACAGAAAUCUGGCACCCAAAUGUUGAUAAAAAUGGUGAUGUAUGCAUUUCUAUUCUUCAUGAGCCUGGAGAAGAUAAAUAUGGUUAUGAAAAGCCAGAGGAACGUUGGCUCCCCAUCCACACCGUGGAAACCAUUAUGAUAAGUGUCAUUUCUAUGUUGGCAGACCCUAAUGGAGACUCGCCUGCUAAUGUUGAUGCUGCGAAAGAAUGGAGGGAAGACAGAAAUGGAGAAUUCAAAAGGAAAGUUGCCCGCUGUGUAAGGAAAAGCCAAGAGACUGCUUUUGAGUGACAUUUAUUCAACAACUGUAACUUCACUUAUUUCAGGGUCUCCAAUUGAGAAACAUGGCACUGUUUUCCUGCACUCUACCCAUCUAUUGCUGGACUUCUGUUGUAACAAGUUGGCAAACACUGGCUGGAACUGGGCUGCAAUAAAACAUGCCAGUAUCAAUGCUGACAAGAGCCUAACAAGUGCCAACUUACAGAUGAUUACGCAUUUUGAAUUCUAAUGAACUGUUUUAACCUUCAGGAAGAAUUGUAAAGACCUGUACAUAGCACAACAUGAUCCGGAUAAUAUAUAUACUGUUGAUGUACAUCCACAAUACACCUUGUACCAAAUAAUGCUUUCUUGUAGUAGAAUAAGAAUCGUGUAAAUUCUAAAAGAUUUUAGCAGGUUUUCUUUCCCUAUUCAUUGUUUCUUAUCAGUUUUAAAAGACUCCUUAAAGCAUGUCAGAUGAAAAGCAAUUAGGAUUACAAGUUUCCAUUUAAUUUCCUUUAAACCAUUGAGGCUUCAUUAAACUCUUGUCACUUACUAAACUUUUGUAUAUUCUUUGUUUUGACACAAUCUCCUUUGCUUCUCUUCUACUUGCCAGAAAGUUUUCCAAUCAUUUAGUUCAAAUACUGAAAUACUUAAUAAGCAACUACUUGAUUUUUAAUGAUGACCUCCAAGGAGUGGUCAUCACUAGGUGCUUUGUCCUUUUUCUAUUCUAGUUCUACCCACCUCUUGGAUUGGAUGUAGCAAUAACAUUUUUUGGCUGUUGAGAGCUCUUGAACUCAGUCACUAUCCCCAAAAACUAAAAAGAGUUGGUUCUGUACUCAUUGAAAUUUUCUCCAAACAAUACAGGAUUCUGAUUUGGUUUUAAACUUGCCCUGCAGUUGCCUAAUGUUAAAGUUGGAUGAGUAAAGCAUGCACAGCUACAGGCUUUCUACUUAACUUCUGGGUUUGCUAUUAAAAAUGCUGUUUACCCUCAUACUUUUCUUCUUAGCCCUUCAUAUAUACUUGCCUCUAUUCUUCUCUACUGCAGAUUUUUCUCACCUAUUGUACAAAGAAAUUGCGAUGUAUAUUUUCAUGUAAUUUGAUUUUGGAAUUCUGUCACCUUAUGUAGUGAGUUCUUCCAAAAUAUAAUUUUUUUUCCAAUAAUUGUCAAGUUGUUGGCUUUUAUUAAAGUAUUGAAUGAAGGUUAUAAUACUGAAUGCCAGAGAAGUGCAGUUUAGAAAAAUCUCAGGUAGAUUCCUUAUGCAAACAGAUUUAAUACUUGAAAAAUCACAUGGUCAUGACAGUAUAUGUAUUGGGCUCUAUUCAAGAUUAUGUGACUCUCAAAGCAACAGGGGUAUAAAUGCUUUGAUAUUUGACAAACAUUCUGUCACUAACAUAGUGUACCUUUUUGAUUAAUGUUUGAGCAUAAGUGUAUUUCUUACACAUUUUUCUAAAACAACUUCAGAAAAUGGUAAGAUGAGCAUAUGCAGUUUUAAAGGCAAGUCCAAGUUCUCUGUUUGGUGUCUAAAGGACUUGGUGUGAGAACUUUGGUGUGAGGUUGGAAUUGGGAAGAGUAGUCAUUGGUGUAUAAGGGAUAAAACUGGGAACAGUCCUUAUUUGAGGAAUGGUGUCUAAUUGUGAGAACCAGUGUUUCUCACUAAUUGGGGCCCACCAGUGCCUCAUCAUUAGUGUAGGCAUCAUCUGCCCUGUGGUUUUGAAGAAAUGUUUUGGCAGAUGAAUGAAAGGAUUACUAGUUCCAGUAGCCCACAAACUUGGCAUAUCCUAUUUAAGCAGAAGUAAAAUGGUUGAAGAUGUAGUUAUAUAGUAGAGUGAUUACUUUUGAAUCCCAGUCUGUUCUCUACAUUGAAGCAUGAAAAAGACAUAAAUGUGUAAUGACUCAAUGUGCAAGUUGUUUCAUUCACUGCACCCCAAUUUUCUUCAAGAAUGUCAUUGGUGAUUUUCUUUUUUUUAAGACGUUAAAAGAGUUGCCUCAACGUGCCAGUGCUCCACACCUGCCUGGGACUUUGAAUGCAAUCCCUUUUAGUUUUACAUUGGAAAUUGUUCACAUGGUGGUUGCUUGUGGCAAAGUGGAAUCUGAAUUUUGCUUUCCCAUUGUUGUAACUCUGCUUGCAGUCUAUUGAGUUAAAACCUGGGAUUUGACUCUUCAGGGAGUAGCAAAAUAACUUAGUAACUCAGGGACAACUAUUCUUGAACUUCAAGUGCCACUUUAAAGCAGUUACUUCGGUUAUACCAUGUGUUUUUUUUAGGGCUGUAGAUCCAGGGGGUGUAGAAGGAAGAGCAAGAGUGAAUGCACCUCUCUUCACACUACUUUUCACCUGAUGCCCUGACAAAGUUACAUAUAGAAAUGCAGGCUUACAUAGAUAUUUGAUUUCUUUUCCUCUGACAGAGGUGUCAUCUGUGCCUUUCCCAGUGUUUAUCUGAUGGUGUGGGUUUAAAUGCCUUUACGUUUGAUACUAAACCACAAUCAGGUGACACUGAUCCAGGUGGCUUUUGUCCCACCAUUGCCUCAUCAAUAGUGUGAGGUGAGUCCUCUCUGCUUUAGGAAAAGAAGCCCCCCCAUCCCCACCUUUGUGCCAACUAUCAAGUCUAGUAAUGGAUUGUAGAACUGUUGGCUGUUCCCUAAAUUCCAAGUUCUUUUAAAGGCAUAUAGAUUUCAGUCUGUGUUCAUAAUGGGAUGGAUUAUCUUGGCCUUCUGGCCUUUUGUGAGUUUCAAAUGCAUAUGAGGUUGGUUUCUUUAUCAUUAUGAUCGUAUGUUUGUGAAGUUAUUCUACUAGUUCUGUGAUGACUUGGGUGUCAUAGUAUAUUUAAUGGUCUUCAUUCUUGGUUGUGAAAUUUUAUAUGCUCACUCAUCCUCUAUAAAUCUGCCCAUUUUGGGUUGUGGUGCCUGUGUAUCUUUGCCCAUCUGGUCUCCAGUUAGUGGAAUUACCUUUUUGUACUGCCACUUCUCAGCAUCUUUGAAAUUUGACAUAAUGUUGCUUCAUUCCGUUUUUAUUUUUGUUUUUGGUUUUGGUUUUGUUUUUAGUUCUGUAACUUGUUGAUUGUAUUUUAACUAUGUGAGUUCUGUUGUGAUGUUUACUGUAUUGUAAAGCACCUUGAUCAUGUGAUAGGUGCUCUAUAAAUCAAUAAAUGAUGACUUAGAGGCUGUA